AUGAGGGUGAAUUGGAAAAUGAGCAGGAUGCCGCCGCCGACUUGCCUGACGCAGCAGCCCCGCGGCUUCGACCAGUUCGCGCUGGGCCAAAUGCUCAGCGCCAGAAGCGUCCACGCGACGCAACCGACGGCGGCGACGGAAACGGACCCGCUGAGUACCCGCCCUCAUCACCGCUUUUUACCCAUCCGGCGCCUCGCUUAUUUUGGUCUCUUGCAGCCGCCCCGAAAGGCCACCGGCAGCUCAAAAAAAAAAAAAAAGAGCAGCAUGCGUCCUCAACUGUACAAAACGCUGCAGCUGCCACACGCACAACUGCUGUAA